GUGAAUUCUCAGUGUUGUCUCAUUUUGCAAGUGUGAUUUUAGUUCAUUAUUCAGCUCACAAUCUGGUUUUCUCGGUGCUGUAUACAUUUAUUCUGUUCAUCGGAUUUUUUUUCGUUGAGCAGUGGAAGUGUUCGUUUAUAUCAUUUCCUUCAGUAUCGUUUCCAGUUGUCUUGAGUUUUGAAUUAUUGUGCUAAGGCAAUUGUAGUAAAAUAUUAUUACAGGCUUAAACGUCUGUGGCGGAAUUUCCAAUGUUCAUUUAUAGCUUACGGUUGAAGUGAUCAAAUCAAAGUGAUCUUCUCUCUUCUUCAAAACUGUUCCCAUUUGUGUUCAGUGUUCAAAUAGUACAGCAAGCGAAAUUGAACUCCAGAAUUUGAGCGUACCUCAACUCCCGUGGCGGAAUUCCUGGUGUUCACGUAUUGCUUGAGUGCGUCAGUGAUUGUUGACUAGCAGUUGAAGUGUUGGAAUUCACCAUUUCCUCAACAUUAUUUCGAAUAGUUUUGGGUGUUAGAAUCUUAGUGCGUCGGUUGUAGUAUUACAACAUUGGCGAUCGGUCCGAGCACCGAGCAGUGCCCCGCUUGCACGCCCGCUGAGCGCGUCCGCCCCUGCCGCCGCCAUGGUGGAGCUGGAGGCGCUGGGCGAGCGGCGCCGCGCGGGGGCGCCGGGGGCGCGCGAGAGCGACAGCCUGGCGCUGGCGGACGCGCUGGGCGACGCGUCCAAGGCGCUGGCGGGCGCCAACUGCGCGUGCGCGAGGGCGCGGCGCCCACCUGCCGCGUGUAGCGAUGGCGAAGGCGACGGCGCGUGUGUCGCAGGGAUGGCGCAGCCCGUGCGACCGCUGGUGCCGCCCGACGGCGGCUGGGGGUGGAUGGUGGUGCUGGGCGUGGCCGUAUGCAAUGGCCCUGAACGGGCGCUGGACCGCGGGCUGGCACGCACGGGGCUGGACGGGGCUGGACGGGCUGGACGCGUGCUGGAGGUGGCUGGACGGGCCCUGGACGGGGCUGGACGGGGCUGGACGGGGCUGGACAGAGACGGACAGGACUGGACGGACUGGGAACGGGACUGGACGGGGCUGGACCAGGGGCGGGGACGGGCCACGACGCAAUCCCUGCUGUCCGUCUUCGGGCUGCUGUUUUUCGACACCCUGGAGGAGAUGGGCGCGGAGACGACGGGCGCGGCUGUCAUCUCCAACUCCAUGGUGGCUAUCACCAACUUCUCUGGUUUGAUGACGGGCCCCGUCAUGCGUCGGUUCACCUACCGCCAAGUAGCAAUGGCGGGCGGCGUGCUGGUCGCCGUGGGGAUGUUUUUCACCAGCAUGGCCACGAAAAUGUGGCACCUUUUUAUCUCCUAUAGUGUUCUGGUCGGUCUGGGGCUGGGGCUGCUCAACCCGUCGACGUUCGUGGCGGUGAACGCCUUCUUCACGCGGGCGCGCGGCCGCGCCGUGGGGCUCUUCCGCGGAGCAGUUCUCAUCCUGAGCGCGGUGGCGCUGCACUCCAUCGCCGGCGCCAUGCUGUUCCACCCGCUGCGCUGGCACGCGCGCCCGGCGCCGGCGGACGACUCCGACUCCGCCCCCGCCACGUGCCCCGAGCGCCAGCCGCUCGCCAAGCACCACCACCACCACCACCACCGCCACCCGCAGCAGGCGCACCACGCGCGCCAGCCAACCAAGGCGGCGGCGGCGGCAGUGCCACGGCGCGGGGACGUUGAGGCGCCGGCGGCCGAGCGACGCCCGCUCACCGGCCCCGCCCACGCUCACGACAAGGGCGCGCGCCCGCCCACGCCGCUCCGGGACGUGGCCGCCAUGGGCGACAGCCUGCCCGUGGUGCGCGCGCUCGACAAGGACAAGGCGGAGAAGGAGUUCAUAGUGGUGGCGCUGCAGGACGAGCUGCCGGCGCUGCUGGCCACGUCCGCGCUGUGCGGCUUCGUGCGCGGCGCCACCACCGUCAACCACAACCUGGCGGUGAGCGAGAGCUGCAGCCCCGAGAAGCUGCCCGGCGCGCUGGGCCUCAACAUGGUCAUCAAGGGCAUCUCCAUCCUCAUCCUCGGCCUCUUCAUCGACAAGGAACCGUUGGCUGAGAGAUGUGACUGGGAGCUACACCCUGUGCAUGCACGUGCUGUCGCUGAUCGUGACGCUGCCCAUGCUGGUCUGGCUGGCGGAAAUCUGGGUGAGCCGCCGCCGGCGUCACCGCCUCCACCGCCCGAGCGUCUCACCGCCGCCGUCGCCGCCGCCCUCGCGCCAGUCCCCGCCGCCCUACGAGGCCCCGCCGUCUCCGCCGCAUACGCCCACACCGCCCACGCCGCCGCCGACGCCGCCGACACCGUCACCGCCGCUGCUCUCACCCUCGUCGCCCUUGACGGCUCCCAAAACGAUGCCCACGCCGCGGUUACAGGGUCAGCGGUGAUCGGCCCACGGGUAGCUCACCCGGGUGUAUGUGGCGUCUGACUGCAGAAGGAACUGCAGCCCUGUACAGAAGAUGUGACCGCUGCGUGUGGUGUUCAGAGAAACUCAUCUGCGCUGGCGCGGAUGGUCUCUUAGCUCGAGCGAUUUACGUUUUCGUUGCUUCUUACCGGCUGUUACGAAAACAUUGGAAACGCCGUUCUGCUGUUAGAUUCAGAAGAAUACACUCAAUCGUAGUUCAGACACUAGCGGAAGAUUGAAUAUGCGUAUUAAGUUAGUGACUUUUGAUUUGUCUACAAUUGAAUGCAAUCUGUAGCAUCAAAGUAUGCACAAGAGGUCCUUGUGUUCAUAUUAUAUUUAUUGACAUUUUCAAACACCGCAUAUAUGUGUAGGUUUUGGCACUCCGAUGACAUUUUGAAGCAGUUAUAUAUUUACUACGUAAGUAAUUUUAUAGCGUUUUGGGCAGCUGGUGGAAUAGUAUGUUGUCACCAAAAAAACUGAAGCGUAAAUCACGAAUAUUGAUGUUAUGAAACGCUUCUUGAAAUGGGUAUUGAAAAUGAAGGCGUGCGAUGGCUCAUUUUGAGAACAAAACGUUGAGACAGGAAAUGGAAAAGUGACUGAGGAAGAUUGAUUAGGUAUUAGAAAUAGUUUUUUUUUCUGUUGGUCACUACUGCUCUAGCAAGUGGCAACAUACGACAGAUGGAAAAAGUCUUUUCGUGCUCAGUUCGAAUUAAAUUGAUGGCUUCUAUACCUACCGCUAUGUCCAAGCACGUUGAGGUAUAUCCGAGUUUUGAGUUUUAAAUGUUAGAAUGUUAGAUGUUGAACUAGUAAUACAUAAAAUGGUAACAUUCGAAUAGUGUCGUUGAAAAUAGUGAUUGAAAGAGAUGUUUCGUUAAUAGGAUAUCUCUUGACCGUACUGCAAAGUUUAUGUGCAUCGUAACUUCUAUUAGUUAUAUCUUUGGCCAACGUCAUUCUUUUAUGUAUUUUAUUUCAUUUUGUUUUAUUUUCGGUUCAACAUUAUUUUCUUCUUCGUGGACCCCUCGAGCAAUAACUAUGCAACUUUUAGUGAGAUUAUUGUAAAAUACUUAGCACGUUCUAUUUUUUCAAUAGGUAAGUGAUUUUGAAGAAGGUGCAGCAUGUCAGAGGAUUUAGCAAAGUAGGAGGUAUCCUCCAAUAAGUUUGCUUGAAAUACUGUCCAGUAUUUAUAUAUGCAACGGAAUUUAAAUGCAGCAGUUGAACUGGGAGAUUAAGUUAUGAAACGAUAAUAUAUCAUGAUUGGUCAUAUUUCCUGUUUUUCAAAGUGUGUAUGAGCACAGAAAUGAGAUGGACGUUCAGAAACGAGGAUAUGUAUCAUUAUUUUCUUUUUAUACUUUUAUAAAUAUUAUUUUAUUUUUUUAUGUGAAAAUUAUUCGAAGGUGGUAAACGUUAAAUUAAUUUAUUAUGAUUUAAUAAAUUACCUUCACUUUCAUCCAAAAAAAAGAACAAAUUUCAAUGUUAGGUGUCAGAGACAUCUGUGUGUCGUUCUCACUUUUGCUUAGUCGCCGCAAUUUUGACACGUAGACCUCUUUCUGUCGUAAGCCUAACGUCGCUAUUGCUGUAUCACUCAUACGUACGAAACAAAACAGGCCUACGGUGCAUUACCUAACGGCAUGACCAUGCUCGAGGUCAAUUACUUCUCUUCUUUUAUUGGAGUACCAACUGUGAUAUAGUUUGCUUAAAUGUGAUGAUUCUAGAAAGUUAUAUUUCUGAAAACAUGUGCUUCAACUGCGAAAUAUCGGAUUCUAUUUAUUGCAGUUAUAUAUUUUUAGGAAAUAACUGUACUAUUUUGCUAUAGGAAGAAAUAACAGUAUUUACCUUUUGAUAUGUAUAAGCGUAGCUUAGAGGAUGUAAUUUAAUGUAGCACUUUUCAUGUAUUAAUUAAAGCUGUGAUCAUGGAUGGUAGGACCUGUCUUGGUCCUGUACCACCAUGUUAGGGAUCAAUGUACUGCUACUGCGACUUUAUGCAGCGGUUGAUUUUGUGUACGGUAUUGUGAUUCUGUUUAAUACUGCAAUAUUAAGAGUAUUGUUGUAAAUCUUGUGCAAAGGACUGUGAUUGUAUCUGUUUUGUCAAUGAAUUCAUGUUCCACAUUCAAAUGCAUUGUCUUUAUUAUGCAACAAUCUGUGAUGUUGCAUACAUAAUGUAUGCUGCGUGGUAGGAGUAUUGUGGCAACAUUGUAUUUGUAGACGCUUUGCAAUGUUGUUGAAAAUACAUAUCACAUUCUCGAUGUUUACACGCAUUUAUGUAACAUUUGCGCUGUUGAAAGGAUGGGAUUGACA